AGUCACGUGAUAGCCGGAAAGCGUGGCUGCUGCUGCAAGAGUCGACCCCCCCCCUUCACCGCGUCGUGAGGCUGGGCUGUAGCAAUGACGUAUUUCCUUUUCCGUUACAUCUUCCGCUCCUCGCGGACGCGGUGCCGGCUCGCUCUUAUUCCAGCCGGGGUGUGGAAAGCGACCGUAAUCAUGGCAGUAUUUGAGCAGAUGAGAGCGAACGUGGGCAAGUUGCUCAAGGGUAUCGACAGGUACCAGUUCAACCCAGCCUUCUUUCAGACCACAGUCACUGCCCAGAUCCUGCUGAAGGCCCUCACCAACUUGCCCCACACCGACUUCACCCUGUGCAAGUGUAUGAUUGACCAAGCACGUCAAGAAGAGCGGCCCAUCCGACAGAUUCUAUACCUCGGAGACCUCCUGGAGACCUGCCACUUCCAGGCCUUCUGGCAAGCCUUGGAUGAAAACAUGGACCUCUUGGAAGGCAUUACAGGCUUUGAAGACUCUGUCCGGAAAUUUAUCUGCCACGUUGUGGGUAUCACUUACCAGCACAUAGACCGUUGGCUGCUAGCCGAGAUGCUCGGGGAUCUGACAGACAGCCAGCUCAAGGUGUGGAUGAGCAAGUAUGGCUGGAGCGCCAAUGAGUCGGGCCAGAUCUUCAUUUGCAGCCAGGAAGAGAGCAUUAAGCCCAAGAACAUCGUGGAGAAGAUUGACUUUGACAGUGUUUCCAGCAUAAUGGCCUCUUCCCAGUAACUCUGCAGGCAUUUAAUAAAAAUCUGUUG